GUCAGCGGCGGUGCUCGGUCAGGCGGCGGCAGCGCGCGCUCCGGGGACACGAACGGGACCGGGACCGGCACCGGGAGCGACACCGGGACCGACAGCGGGAGCAGCACCGAGAGCAGCACCGGGAGCAGCACCGGGGUCUCCCCGGCUCCGCUGCAGCGCCGGGAGGGCGCGGAGCCACCGAGGAGGAGGAAGCGCCGCUGCCCAGCCCCAAACCCAGCGGAGGAGGCGAAAAUGGGCCGGAAAAAAAUCCAGAUCAGCCGAAUUUUGGACCAGCGGAACCGUCAGGUGACCUUCACCAAGCGGAAAUUCGGGCUGAUGAAGAAGGCGUACGAGCUGAGCGUGCUGUGCGACUGCGAGAUCGCCCUGAUCAUCUUCAACAGCACCAACCGCCUGUUCCAGUACGCCAGCACCGACAUGGACAAGGUGCUGCUCAAGUACACCGAGUACAGCGAGCCCCACGAGAGCCGCACCAACUCCGACAUCCUCGAGACGCUGAAGCGCAAAGGGUUGGGGCUGGAGAGCCACGAGCUGGAGCUGGAGGAGGGGUCCGAGGUGCCCGGGGACAAGGGCAGGAGGCUCGGGGAGGGCGUGGAUAUGUCGCUGGCCAGGCCCAGGUUUUAUAGCCCGGUGCCGCUGCCCGAGGCCGCCUACGGCAGCUCCCCCCCGGCCCCCGAGGGCUCCCUGGGCAGCGGCAGCGGCUCCCCGCAGGGCCAGGGCCGCUCUCCCGCCCUCAGAGCCGCCGCUCCAAAGCCACCGGGGCGGUCCGCAGGGCCACUGCCCCCAGGGCUCAGCUACCCCCUGUUCCCCGCCGCCAGCCUGAGCCGCGCCCUGGCCACCAAGACGCCACCGCCGCUGUUCCUGGGGGCCGAGGGCCGGCGUGGCGAGUGCCAGGGCAGCCUGGCCAGCGGCCGGAGCGGUGGCACCGCGGCGCGGCCGCUGUACCCCGGCCUGCAGAGCCUGAGCCCCGUGCUCAGCCCGGGCAGCUCCGGCCUCCCGAGCCACGGCCUCGCCGGCUUCCCCUUCCUCAGCCCGGCCCAGGCGGAUUUUGGGGCUGGCGAGGUCGCGCCGCCCCCCGGAUUCCUGCAGCCCCCCCCGGCGUGGCAGCACCCCCGGGACGUGGCAGCGCUGGGGGCCAGCAGCCGGAUCGUCCCCACCGAGGAGCCAGCCGCUGUCCCCGGCGCGUCCCCGCAGCACCAGCCCAUCAGCAUCAAGUCGGAGCGGGUGUCGCCGGGGCUGGCCUGUCCCCCGGGCACCCCCCAGCCCCCCCUGGCCAGCCUGGCGACCCUCAGCGAAGCCCCCCGAGCCCCCGGCGACCUCCAGCCCCGCGAUGACUUCGCCAAGAGCUUCCCCUCGUACGCGCCGGGGCCACCGCGGCCGCUGCCGGACGAGCCGAGGGUCGCUGUCCCCGCUGUCCCCACGAGGAGGGGACAGCCCGUGGACGUUUGGCAGAGAUAGCGAGGCCGGCGGGGUGCGGGGAGGGGGAGACCCCUGCUCGGGGGAGCAGCCCCCCGCUUCUCCCCUCAGCUCAGCCCCUCGGGAAGUGCCCCCGGUGCCACCGGUGCCACCGGGCUCCCUGCGGGGUCACUGUCCCCACCCUGGGGCUGCGGGUCCGUGUGACCCCGAAUGCCACCGAGUCCCCUUCUUUCGGCGCUGUGGCCGUGUCCUGUCCGGUGGCGUUGGGCCCUGUCCCCGCGCCAGCAGCGUGUCCCCAACCUGUCCCCAGCGAGUCCCCAGCGUGUCCCCAGCGAGCGGGAGUGGCCGGGAAGUGCCACGCGGUGGCAGCAGGACUGAGAGCAGCGGCAGCGGCUCCAACCCUGCAGCCCCGGCCCGAUUCCGCGGCCAGGGGGACAGGGGACAGGGGAGGGGACAGAGGACACGGGCCAGGGGACAGUGCUGUGCCCCCGGGCAGGGGCUCUUUUCUAUUUAUUAUCUUCG